AUGUCUGACACUCAGUCGCCAGGUGCGACCGCACCUUCAAAUGGAAAGCCAGAUACUGGGUUUAUUUCAGGAGAUGACACAUGGACGCAGUUCCGCAACAUCUACUCCAUCUUGACGGGGAAGAUGUCAUCCGAGGGAAUUGAGCAGUUCCGCGUUGCGCGCGACAUUCGAAAUGAAACAGCCGAUUGCAAGCGCUGUGACGAACAGCGUGAUUAUCUCCUUCAAUACAGUCCCGUCAUCCGCUUCCUCAGUGACAACAUCCGGCAACUUGGAGGCGAUCUCCACAGCCACAACAUCUACUGCCGCCGUUGUACCGAUCGAAAGGGUGGCGGAUUUGAUCCCGAGUACGGAAUUCUGCUCUGCGCCAAUGAGAUGAAGGAUCAGGGGCAUUUGGAGGACACAAUGGCUCAUGAGAUGGUCCACGCCUAUGAUCACCUGCGAUUCAAAGUGAAUUGGACUGAUAACCUACGACAUGCUGCUUGCACAGAGAUCCGAGCCAGCUCACUCAGCGGCGAGUGCAGAUGGGCGCGUGAGUUCUUCCGAAGAGGCCAAUGGAAGCUUACACAGCAACAUCAAGAGUGUGUUCGGAGAAGGGCUGUCUUGUCCGUGAGGGCACGGCCUACUUGCCGAGACGAGGCUCAUGCACAGCAGGUUGUUAAUGAGGUCUGGGACAGCUGCUUCAGAGACACGAGGCCAUUUGAUGAAAUUUACCGAUGA